CCAUUCGCACGCAAAGGAGCCAAAUCGCCAUAACCUCGAAGCUUCCGUAUAAUUGAAUCGGAGUUAAAACUUCUGCCGUCGGCCACCGCUCUGUCUCGCCGGCUCUCUCCUCGAUCCCUUUGUUUCAACAUUUCUCCAGUAAUCGCGAUUAGGGUUUUCAGAAAAUUUGAUUCGCGAUAUGCCGAUUCGGUGUACUCUGAAUUUCAGAGUUUCGACGGUUUUUCUUCUCGUUUCGACAUUCCUGAGCUGCCAUUCAGGGGGUGUAGAAUCAGCGGUUGUUACGCUUGAUUCCAUCGUAAUUUACAAGACGCACGAGUGGUUAGCAUCAGAACCAACAGUUUAUUUUCAAUGUCAAGGGGGAAAUAAGACGAAAUUGCCUGAUGUACAGAAAGAGCAUGUUUUAUACAGCUUCAACGGUGAAGAAUCAUGGCAGCCACUGACUGAAUUUGAAAGCAAAAAGUGUAAGCGAUGUGGGUUCUAUGAAGAGGACAGCAUUAAAUCUGAUGAUGUAUUUGAAGAAUGGGAGUUCUGUCCAUCUGAUUUUACAGCCCCGGCUGGAAAAUAUGUACGAUUCAAUGCAGAAGAGUUCAAUGCCACCUUUUUGUGCUUGCAGUGCACAGCAUAUUCCAAUGUUACUAGUUCAAGUUUUCCUUCGUAUGACGGAGAAAAGGGAAUGCAUUCUGCUGUAAUCAUAGUGAUCAGUGUUGUGGCUUCAACUGUAUUAAUUCUUGGUAUGGUGGUUGGUUACAAAUAUUGGCAACAAAAGAGAAGAGAGCAAGAUCAAGCCAGGUUUCUGAAGCUGUUUGAAGAUGGGGAUGACAUUGAGGAUGAAUUGGGCCUUAGCGAAGUAAUUUGAGAAUUGGUAUACUUAAAAGAAAAAGAUACUAAUGUACAGAGAUACACUUUUAUUUUAUUAUUAUUUUCUCAAAGUUAAACAACAAA